UCCCCGCCAGCCCGCGCCUCCCUUUAUUGCGCAGCGCCGAGCCGCGGGCAGCCAGAGCCGUUUAGGCGGGCGAGAGGAGAGCGACGCUCGGCACCGUCCUGCUCCUGACACUGUCCCCAGGCAGCCUGGGCUGAUCUCCCCGCGGUUGAAGACCGGCGGCGGCAAACGACGCGAAAUGAUGCCGGGAAAGACCCUGCGCAAGGGUGCGCAGCAGAACCCCGCUCCCGCAGCACAGGAAGCUGUGACCCAGUGCUCUUUGCAACUACGCAAAAUAGGAGAUAUAUGCAACUUGCAGCAGAAGAUUCUUAAUGUUAUUACAAAACUGUUCUGCCCAGGAACGUGAAAACUCUUUGAGAGAUGUCAAACAGAAAAGGAAGAAAACAAUGGUUUGGGAAAAGAUGGUCUUUACAAGCUUGUAAUAAAUGUCUUGAAUGAGAUGAGGAGAUGGAAUGAGCUCUAUGCAUUACUUACUGCUGUCUAGUCCCACUGAAGGAAGGCUGUUGAAAUAUGAUUUCUCUGGAGAGCUGGACAUAUGUAUUGGCUGGUGGAUGUCCCUAUGGGGGAAAAAUGACAAUGAACCAUUCCAAAGAUUGACCUGUGGAGUGACUUGGAAGAGCAAGGAACCUGGGGUUUUUUUGGUUUGUUUUUAUGGUUUUUGGUUGUAGCACAUUUACUGUCAGUGAUGUUACUUGUUUGAUGUUUCUCUAAGGAAUAACAUUGUAAUUCUAUUAAUUAUGAGGCUGCGGUAAGGAUCUAGGAUAUACAUAUAUGUGUAUGAAAAGAGUAUUUCAUGGAACUUAAAGAGAUGACUUAUGGCUUAUGCACUAGAAAUAGUGCAGAUGACUAUUCAAAUAGUGCCAUAAAGAAUGCAUUAAAACAGAUUAAAGGAAGCACAGUAACGUCUGGUGAUUAAGUAAGUAUAAGAAAUAUGAAUAAGAAAAAUGCAUAGCAUUACAUAGCGAUUUACAUAGCAAAACAAGAUUAUUGAUAGGUGUAUGAGUUUGGGAGAGAUUCCUUCAGAGCAGCGAAAGGAAUAUUCAAACAGAAUAAACUACUGGAGUGUUUUAAUUUUAUUAAGUAGUAAUAAAAUUACUCAAAACAAAUAGAAAGUUAAAGUAAAAUGGAAUCAGUGGUUUUCUGGAGAAAAAACAUUAAUUAUUUUUCAAAGACAGUAACUGCUUAGAUUAAGAGAUAUAUCAGUAAAACGGAAUGUUACAGUUGUUACAGGAAAGUAAUGUAUUGCUUCUAAAUGAAAGCUGAGCUGUUGAC